UAGGAGGAGUGGUGAGCGGGAGGCUGUGGUGGGGAAGGCGGCAGGCAGGCGGUCUUGUCUCUUUAAGGUGGCCGAAGCUCGCUGGCGCUGCGCUGAGGGACUGCGCGGAGGCGCGGCCUGCCUCGCUCGCACUUCUCAGCAGCGCGCCCGGGCUGGACCGUCGGUUGGGGAACCUGGGCCAGGCAGCCAAGCGUGGCCGCGGCGCUCGGUGAACGGAAGCGGGCCGGGUGUAGCGUCUGCGGCCGGGAGGGUCUUGUCCAGAGCUCCGGCCUCCGGAGGCCGUGGCCCGCACGGGUUACUUGGGAGCGGAGAGAAACCGAGCUCGCGCGCGGCCUGAGCUCCGCCUACGCGGAGGACAAAGUGGGGUGCCACCGCCGUUGGGUGCUGGGCUUGGGACGCAGACUAGAGCGGCCCUGGCGCCACGAGCUGGCGACACCUCUCCGGCCCCGACUCCUAUAUCUCUGGUGCCGGGCAUUCCUGGCCUUGCCCUGCUCUGCAGCUCGUCGCUUCCUGGGAGUUACUGAUUGUCUUUGAAGAAACAUGAAGUCACAUUCUGUUGUUAUGCUUACUCUAGUCUUCAUCGUGUUCCUGACCUGGAUCCCUGUGUCACUGAGUUGUAACAAAGCACUCUGUGCUAGUGAUGUGAGCAAAUGCCUCAUUCAGGAGCUCUGCCAGUGCCGACCUGGAGAAGGAAAUUGUUCCUGCUGCAAGGAGUGUAUGCUGUGUCUUGGGACUCUUUGGGAUGAGUGCUGUGAUUGUGUUGGUAUGUGUAAUCCUCGAAAUUAUAGUGAUACGCCUCCAACUUCAAAGAGCACGGUGGAGGAGCUUCAUGAGCCAAUCCCUUCUCUCUUCCGGGCACUCACAGAAGGAGACACUCAGUUGAAUUGGAACAUCGUUUCCUUCCCUGUUGCAGAAGAACUUUCCCAUCAUGAGAAUCUAGUUUCAUUUUUAGAGACUGUAAACCAACCACACCACCAAAAUGUGUCUGUUCCCAGCAAUAAUGUUCAUUCACCUUAUUCCAGUGACAAAGAACACAUGUGUACUGUGGUUUAUUUCGAUGACUGCAUGUCCAUACAUCAGUGUAAAAUAUCCUGUGAGUCCAUGGGGGCAUCCAAAUACCGCUGGUUCCAUAAUGCCUGCUGCGAGUGUAUUGGCCCGGAAUGUAUUGACUAUGGUAGUAAAACUGUCAAAUGUAUGAACUGCAUGUUUUAGAGAAGGCAAAGAAAUAGAAACCAAAGCAAUUGAGUAAAAGGAAAAAAAGAAGUAUAAAAAGCUAUUUUCUGAGCUGGUUGAAUCAGAAUGCCAGCAGGUUAAGAAGAUGUAAAGAAUUUGUGCUGAGUUACCUUUAAAAUAUGUCAAAUCCAGCAAUGUAUUAAAUUAUGAUUACUGAUCAUACUGAUUUUACUGUCCACUACCAAUAAGCCCUUUCCUCUUUAUACAUGUACAGCUUUGGUUGUAUGAGAAGCAUUUACACAGAGGACACCUUGAAAGUUCUGAGGUUUCUAACAUAAAGCCUGAUGUCAUUUUCUUCUAACAUUCCAAAAGUGUUUUGUUUUGAAGCAUUAGAGCAUGCUAACAUAAGUUAUGAUUUCUUCAUGCACUACUCCUAGGACACUGAGUUGUCAUAGUUGCAUGUCAUUCUCUACUGUGCUUUAUAUUGCUUAUCUGUUCUAUAAAUAGGGUAGAUAUUUAAAUAUGUUACCCUGAAACUCAUUAAAAUCAGCAUAAAAAGCUUAAUUUCAAACCUUUUAAUGUUGUUUUUAGAAAGUAAAUGCUUACUAUGUUUUACAAUUUAAAAUUUGAACAUAGAAUUCAUCCUAUAAUACAAAUACUUUAGGGAAAACUUUAAGGAAAGUUCCUUCUUCUCUUCUGUCUCCCUGCCCAAAGUGCUGAUGUAGGUAGUAAUGAAGAGUCUCUAUCAAGAAUUUCAGGGCAUACUUACGAGACUGUUAAAUGUGCUGCUAGUAUAAAUAGUUAGGAAGUUAAAGCAUUCCUCUGACUUAAGUUACCAGCUUAAAGGGCACUAGGAAUGGCAAAUGAAUGCUAGGUCAGACUCCAUGUAGGGAGCAAGGAAACAGUUUGUCCCGUGUACAGAAAUGGUACAGCUGAAAGGUGAAGCCGCGCUCAGAUAAAGAGUGAGCCUGCUCAGCCUCAGCACACACAACCAUGUUCUGUUCUGCUGUGGAUGAGUGAUGGGAGGGGCUAAAGAAGAGAAUGCAUGGUAUAGACCGGGGAGGUUGAAAAUGCUGGAGAUUCUAAUGGGAAACAAACUAAAAACUACUUACAUUAAUUAUUUUGUUAUCUUGUAAUCUUUCUUUUAGGUUUAUAUCUAGAUCAGAUGUUCUUAUUAAACAAGCAUAGUUAUACGUUAGGAGGUUAAGAUUAUGGAACCAAAAAAAUCUUUUUUCAAGAUGUUAACUUCAAAUACACUACAGAAUAUUUUGUCAACUUUUUAUAUAAUGUUUCAAUAAAAAUAAGCUUAGAUACUAUGUGCCCUUCAUAGUAAUAAAAUUGCAAUCCUCAAGCAUCUAAACAUAUUUAUAUUACAGACUUAACUUUAUAAAAUUACUAAUUUCUCAAAUAGGACAUAUUUGAAUUACAUGUAACUUUUGAGGAAUACCUCUUUGUAUAUCUAAAUAUUUUAGUACAUAAACAUGGAUAAUAGUCUUAGGCACUUUGUAUUCAUUAUCUGAACAGUAAUUAUAAGAUCAUAUGUAAUAUUAUGAUUAACCAUGAUAAAGUUUGAAGCCUUAAUACCUUUCUGCUCUUUCAGAUAAACCCAGUGAAUAUUCAAGGUACUUUAGCUUUUUGUAAAGUUGAAAUUUAGCUUUUGGAUGUAUUUUUUUAAUUGGAAAACAUUGGGAUAUCCUUUUCUUACUUUUACCUAGUAUUUUAAUAAUACUUUUACCUAGAAUGCCUCUGUUUAAAAGCACCUUGAAAACAUUUUAGCUCCUGUUCUUCAUUAAUACCAAUGAAGGUGAAGGUUUUCUUCAACUUGAGAAUCUGUAGCCAGCUGAUUCAUUUCAACUUUGCAGUUUUUCAAAGUAAUUUUAUAUUUACCUGUGAAUAGAGGAAUACUUCUGUGUUUAUUGACAACAUGCUUAAUGUUUCCUUAAAUACAGCAACAAACUUUUUAAAACUGCAUUUGUUGUCUUUUUUAGGUCUUCAUUACUAAAUUUUCAAAUGGAAUAUAUCUUCUUCACCCUACAUUGGGAGGAUAAUUUCUUGAAUCAUAUUAUGUUUUAGCUGAUUUUUCUUCCCUUUGUUUCUCCCACUAGAAAUUAUCCCUAAGUGUAGUGCUUAAUUUUUCUGGUGUAUAAAGGUGUUGAAAGAUGGAGUUCACCUGAAAGAUUCCAUUUUCGAUUUUGACUAUCAAUAUGUUUUCAAAUUAAAAGUAUAACAUUUGGGGAGUCAGUAUAGCUCCACUAAAAUUUAGACCUUUUAUUACCAUUCUAAGCACAAUUUACUUCUAUGUAGAAGUUCUGAUUUAAAAAAUUGUUUUUAA